GUCUGAAAGUGAACUUCAAAUCAGUACAUGUAUAUUGAACGUUUGUUGAGCUGCGUACUUUCGUACGAUACACUUUCAAAGUAAGCAACAUGGAUAAAGGUGCUGUGCAACCUAAGCUUGCUAGGGUUAAGGCAGUUGUCGGUAGAACUGGAUCACAAGGACAGUGUACGCAGGUUCGCGUCGAAUUUCUGGACGAUACCAACAGAACUAUUAUACGAAACGUAAAAGGUCCAAUUCGUGAAGGCGAUAUUUUAACUCUUUUGGAGACGGAAAGAGAAGCUAGAAGAUUGCGUUAAUGUUCUCACAAUAAAGGGAUGUAUAUGAUGUGAUUUGUUCUGGUUAAAUCUGGGUGUUUGCGUGUGGUGGCUAACACUUCGCUGCUGGUUAUCAUCUAUUUGGAACCAGCACAUUGGGAGAUUCACGUUUCACCGUUACUUUUAUUGAUUGUAUGUCAUAGUGCCAUAAAAAUUUGUGCAGCUCUCGGGAUGAUAACUUUUCGAUUAGGUUAGCACAUCAGUCUUGUUUCAAGGAUACUGUUGAGACAAAAUGCCUUCCAUUGGCGAGUGGUAACCGUGCUCCGGAUGUUCUGAUGAUGAACUGCACGACACUAUAGUAGGGAUUUUAAGGGCCGUAAAAUUGUCAGGG